UGGAAAUACUGACCGGAUGUUGCAGCUUUAUUAUUGCUGGUCACUCAAACAACUCAUCUCUUAGACACAAAAUCAGUUCGUUUGUUCGUAAAUUAAACGAAAUUGUGUAAUAAAUGGGAAGAUAUAAAUGUGCCUACAACUGCGAAAACUCCAGCGAGUCAGAUGUGAAGUAUUUUAAGUUUCCCUUGUACAAUCCCAAAAAACUCAAGAAAUGGCUUAUCAACAUGAAGUGGAAGGAUUGGACUCCAUCUCGCUUCUCUGCGCUGUGCAUCAAUCAUUUCGAAGAACAGUGCAUUGAUAGAACAGGCAAAUGUGUGAAACUUCGAGAAGAUGCAGUUCCCACCAUAUUUUCAUCCCCUGGCGAUGUACAGAAAAGAAUGCCUUCCAGCAACCCAAGAAAUAAAAGAUACAAGCCACCUGAUGUUAAAGCCUCAAAGGUGAUUCCAGCCCAGUCUCAAACAACCACUCCUGCCACAGCAAAGAGAAGAGUCCAGAACAAAGAACCCAGCCAGACAGAAGAAGAGCAUGCUGGAGACAAAGACCCAAAGAAGUCAGAUGACAAAUGGAGGAUUAUAGUAGAUGAAGGGCUCAUGAAGAUAGAUUCCUUUCCACAUUUUUUCCAUGGAGAUUACUGUGUACCACGGGAUAUUCUGUGGGCUCCAGAUGAUAACUUGAGUACAGACUGUGAAGAUCACGAAAAGGUGAUAGAGGUGAAAGAGCCGUGGCAGUGGCUUGGCCUGGAUGUCAGAGGACCGCUGCCUCAAACACUGAACGGACACAAAUACAUCUUGACUGUGACCGACUACUACUCCAAGUGGGUGGAAGCUGUGCCUAUGCAGUCGUGUCUCCCUCCAGAUGUGGCGAAGCACAUCGUGGACAUCAUCGCCCACUUUGGAUACCCAUUAAGAAUCCUCUCUAGACUGCCUCAUGACAUAGUCCACAAAAUCAACAGAGAACUGAAAGAUCAGCUGAAGGUCACCGUCACUCUUGUCGUCUAUCAUCAGCAGACGGGCACCUUGGAUUUGAUCACACAGCAGCUAAUUGACAGGAUGGUAAGUGAUCUAAUAGAGGAGCAUGCAGCUGACUGGGAUGUCUACUUGCCUGCCAAGGUUUUCAGUCUGUGUUUCAGAGAGCACUCAAAGACUAAGAAAAGGCCCUUUUCAGUGCUGUGCUGUAAGGGACUGGAGCCCAUCCAAUCCCCCAGAGAACUGAAUUAUGCUUAUUCCAAGAUCCGAGAGUGUGCAUUCGUGGUUAAAUAGAUAUUUGAAGUGUAUUUGGUCAAUUGAUGUGGAAGUGAACUGGGCUUGGUUUUAUUAACAAACCAGUAUUUUUCGGUUAUGGGAAGUAUGGAAGGAUGUCAUGGAAAAGUGCUGGAAUUCGUCUCAAUGACGUUUUCAUCCUGUUCAAGUAUAUUUUGGCUUUGACCCAUUGUUUGUCCAUCAGCUAAGUGGAAGGCCAUGUUUAGUCUUGUAUCAUAUUUUUGGAUGUAAUAUUUUAUUUCAGAUGUAUAAAAAAGGAAUUGCCUUAUAAAUGCUUUAAAAAUGUAGCAGAAUGACCAAGCGAGCAGUUUGGUAUGAGAGGGGAAGCCAAGGGGUCAAGUCAUGACCAACUAAAUACAAGUCUUUUACAGUCCAAGUCAUGGCCAAAAGUUUAGAAAGGUGAUGUUAAUUUAGGCUUGAGCCAUAUGAGUCUCAUAGAUAACACAUUUUGUAAGUUGGCCUCCUGUUUACAAUGCCAUAAGUGGUAUUUCUUGACUGUAAGUCAGCUGUAGUCCAAACAUUUCAGUUGGCAAAUUUAAGGCUGCUGUGCCUGAUUGUUGUUUAAUGUGUAUAUAAAAUGUAAAACAUUUAAAUAAACUUGCUUUAAAUAAGAA